AUGGCGGAGGCAGAGGCGGGGGCGGCGGGGCGGGCGCGGGCCGCCGUGGCGCGGCUCUCGGAGGCGGUGGGCGAGCGGCGGCGGCGGCUGGGCACGGCCAUGGGGGAGGCGCGGCGGCAGCGGCGGCUGCUGCUGCUGGUGGUGUGCGUGGCGCUGCUGCUGGACAACAUGCUCUACAUGGUCAUCGUGCCCAUCGUCCCCGACUACAUCGCGGCCAUGCGCGGCGGAGGGGGCGCCGCCGGCCCGGCCGCGCCCGCGGGGGCCAACGAGAGCGGCGGCGGCGGCGGCAACCGGAGCCUGCUGCCCGCCCGGUACCCGCCGGCCACGGGGGGCAACGAGGACGUGCAGAUCGGUGUGCUGUUCGCCUCCAAGGCCAUGCUGCAGCUGCUGGUGAACCCGCUGAGCGGCACCCUCAUCGACCGCGUGGGCUACGAGUUGCCGCUGCUGGCCGGGCUGGCCGUCAUGUUCCUCUCCACGCUCACCUUCGCCUUCGCGGCCAACUACGCGACGCUGUUCGCGGCGCGCAGCCUGCAGGGGCUGGGCUCGGCCUUCGCCGACACGGCCGGCAUCGCGCUCAUCGCCGACCGCUACUCGGAGGAGCCGGCGCGGAGCCGCGCCCUGGGCACGGCGCUGGCCUGCAUCUCCUUCGGCAGCCUGGCCGCGCCCCCCUUCGGCGGUGUCCUCUACCAGUUCGCCGGCAAGCGGGUGCCCUUCCUGGUGCUGGCCGCCGUCUGCCUGCUCGACGGGCUGCUGCUGCUCGCCGUCGAGCCGCCCUGCGGCGCCGGGGCGCGGGCCAACAUGCCCGUGGGCACCCCGAUCCACCGCCUCAUGGUCGACCCCUACAUCGCCGUGGUGGCGGGCGCGCUGACCACCUGCAACAUCCCCCUGGCCUUCCUGGAGCCCACCAUCGCCAACUGGAUGAAGGAGUCGAUGGGGGCCAGCGAGUGGGAGGUGGGCCUCACCUGGCUGCCCGCCUUCUUCCCCCACGUGCUGGGCGUCUACGUCACCGUCCGGCUGGCCGCUGCGUACCCGCACCUCCAGUGGUUUUACGGGGCCCUGGGCAUGGCCAUCAUCGGCGCCAGCUCCUGCCUGGUGCCCGCCUGCAGGAAUUUCGGGCAGGUCAUCGUUCCCCUCUGCGGCAUCUGCUUUGGCAUCGCACUGGUGGACACGGCCCUGCUGCCCACCUUGGCCUUCCUGGUGGACGUGCGCCACGUCUCCGUCUACGGCAGCGUCUACGCCAUUGCGGACAUCUCCUACUCCGUGGCGUACGCCCUGGGGCCCAUCGUGGCCGGCCAGAUCGUGCACACCAUGGGCUUCGCGCAGCUCAACCUGGGAAUGGGGCUCGCCAACGUGCUCUACGCCCCUGUCCUCCUCUUCCUCAAAAACGUCUGCCAAAUGAAACCCUCUCACUCGGAGAGGAACAUCCUCCUUGAAGAAGGACCUAAGGGACUCUACGACACCAUCAAAAUGGAGGAGCGCAAAGGCGUGGGCAAAAGCCUUCGGCCAGUGGGUGAGACAGAGGAGAAUGGCACGGACUCUUACCACAGAUACCUGGCAGGGGUGUCUGAGGAGGACUCAUCAGAUUACGAGUACAGUUAG